UCUCAAACAGCUUUUAUUUAAACCCGAACAAUGGCCGAGCCCAAAAUAACCACAUUUAUUGAAUUCAAUAAUUACUGAACAAAUUUAGCAACAUUCGGUUUUCUCUCGUGCUUUGAUGGAAAGCGACUAAGUCCUCUACUCUGAGUAAAUUCAAAUUCAAUAGAUUGUCAAUACUUACUGCCAUGUUAAAGUAACAUAGCUAAGUCAUAGAUCCCCGGUGUUUAUAAUUUGAUCCGAGUUCUCGCGAGAACCAGAGAGAAUUCAAUCCCGACUGAAUAUAGACCGUCUGUAAUCAUCUCCGUGUCUGAUUUUCCAACUCUAUCCGGAAGCUUAAAUAAUAUAACGAGACAUAUAAAUCUGGAUAUUUUUUUUCGUGUGAGGAAAACGAAUAUUUUCCAUCAGACUGCACCAAUAAAAGAAAAUAUAUUGGUCACGAAUAGAAAAUAGAAGCUAUCAUGAUAGAGAGCGAGAGUUAGUGAGAAUGAGCGAGAAUUAAGUAAAUACUAUCGCCAAAGAAAUUAAGAGGCAGGUAUUGGUCACAGAUAUAUAUAGAGUGGACAAGGGAGAAUAAAAGAGCACAGAGAAAAUUAAAGAAACCAGAUUUCUGGAUUCUGUCACCUUUCCGCCAUCUGAAGUGCAAGACUGGGAUCUUCAACAUGUGGUGGGUCAUGACUUCUUCAAAGUAAGUCGCUGAGUGAAGGGUAAAUAAAUCGGCUGUCUGUGAUUUACAGCAGCUCAGACUUCAUCUGUUGGGUGCCCGACUUCCAACAAAUGAUAGAACUGGUGUCGUCUGCUGUCUUCUUGAAUCCUUCCAACUCAUCAGGCUGACGAUGGAACUGCUCCAGAAUUUGCUCUAAUCCGACGUUGUUGAAACUUUAACGCUCUUUGAUUUUGUAUUGUUGAGGACAAGGUUUUUAGAAUAACGCCAAUUUAAAAAAGGGUUUUCUUGGGAUAAUCUUGGACAGUGAGAACGAGAAAGGAUUCAGAGAUCAGAAGCCAACGGCUAGACAUAGGAACACACACAUCAUGGUACAAGUCAAUCACCAUUAUCAUUAUAAUAACAGAAACAGUGUCAGAUUCCGGAAUAUAGACCGUUAGACCGACUCGUAAACUACACAACCUGCAGCGGUUAAUAUGCUGCAGUAAAAAGGGGGCAUAAAAGGUCACGCUAUCGUGGGGAAAUGGAAUUUCCGGAUUAUUUUUAUCUCCUCCCGUGACCCCUUUAGAACCUCACAUGAACCCCAACAUGCCUGCAUGCCGUCCCGGAUUCUUCAUCCUCCUAGUUCUACUUUUACCCGGAGCUCAAGGGAAUAUAGUGCUGGUGUCCUUAGAAGAACAGACAAGAUUGCUAAAUGAAGCCCUCCACAAAUGCGUGCUCUAUAUCUUGGACUCCGAGGCAAAGAGUAGUUCUCAGAACGUAUCAGAGGGGUCGUAUUGUCCUGCCACAUGGGACUCCUUGGCUUGUUGGCCGCAGACCAAGGCCGGGGAAACAGCCGUCAUAUCUUGCCCGAAUUAUCUCAACCAGUUCGACUCUGCAGCCAAAGCCUAUAGAAACUGUACCGGAAACGGAACAUGGCUUUUCAUACCGGAACUGAAUUCAACAUGGUCCGACUACCGCGCAUGCGUCAUAAUCAAUCCCGGAAUCACAGUUGUGCCCAAACUUAUAGAGGAUCACAUGCCGUCCAUUACCCUUAUGUACAACAUUGGAUACGGGGUGUCGCUAGUGUCGUUGCUCCUGGCAACCGUCAUUAUGCUAAUGUUCAGAAAACUUCGUUGCCCUCGGACGACUAUCCACAUCAACCUAUUUGCAUCUUUUAUGAUUAGAGCCUCGUUCUCAUUCAUGAAGGAAAAUUUAUUGGUCAGUGGAGUAGGUUUCCCAAUUGACGUCACAGAAUCAUCCAAUGGAUUGGUGGAAUUCAAAAGUGAAGGAUCUCAUUGGGAAUGCAAAUUUUUCUUCACGAUGUUCUACUAUUUUCUUGGCGCCAAUUACAUGUGGAUCUUAGUAGAAGGCUUGUACUUACACAUGUUGGUUUCCGUGGCGAUCUUCUCGGAGAACAGUGGCGUCAAAUGGCUGGUCUUGUUUGGGUGGGCCUCUCAGCUUGUGUGUGUUAUUCCCUGGGUGAUAGUGAGGGCAACAUUGGAGGAUGUUUUAUGUUGGAACACCCAUCCAACCUCGGGCUAUUUUUGGAUAUUACGUGGCCCAAUUGUGAUUUCUGUUGUGGUUAAUUUUGUGAUUUUCAUCAACAUUAUUAGAAUACUCUUCACCAAGCUAAACGCAUUUAAUGCAAAUGAAACGAAGAAAUUCAGGUACAAAAAGCUGGCCAAGUCCACCCUGGUCCUGAUCCCCCUGUUUGGGGUCCAUUAUAUCGUUUUUGUGGGGCUGCCGGACAGUGUGAGCGAUGAAGCGGAACUGGUCAAGCUUUACUUUGAAAUGUUCUUCAAUUCGUUCCAAGGCUCUAUUGUGGCACUGAUUUUCUGUUUCUUCAACGGAGAGGUGCAAUCAGAGAUAAAGAAGAAGUGGCGGCGGUUUCUUAUCUCCCGUGGCAGAGGUAUAAGUCGUCGCAAUACGUGUAACACCGUGACGUCAUUCAUGUCACGCACGCGUGGAUCCUCCUCAUUUCCAAAAGACCAGGUUCGUAUAUCUGGUAUUCCAGAAGCAUCUCUACACCAGCAGAUCUACGCCAGAGACCUGUUUGGACAAAUCCAAGCUUUGGAUCAGUCCAAAUUCCUACCCGGGAUUCAUAGAAUGAGGUUUCCUAUCAUUACUACAGAUAAUCGACUAAAAAGAACAAACCCUCGCAAACUGAGCGGAGGAAUGGCUGGUUCUAUCCAUGGCGGUGCUCAGGCGGGAAAAACAAGCAUGGGUGACUUUUUCAGAAUGGCUCAAAUGAGGUUGUCAACCCAAGAUAUCCUCCAGCUAUUACGCUCUUCGACAAAUCACAAACAAACACUAGACACUCUUCUUAAGGGCUAUAUCAACCUCCAAAACAAUGCAAGAAUAUCCCAGAUAUUCAACGCCCAAAAUAGGUCUCGGCUCUUGCAACUGAUUCAGUUUUACCAUUUCCUCCGACCCGGUUCUGAACACCGCGAGCGCUUGGAACAAUUGUUUCUUCGAAUUAUUCAGAGACUCCAAUCGACGGCAGCGCAAGUGGCAAUUCACAGCAGAAGCAGAGGUGCAGGCAGGCUGGCAGGAGGAAUCGGACUAGGUGUUGGGGGAGGAAGAAUUGGAAGUGGGGUAGUAGGAAUGCAUGGUGGAGGAAUAGCAGGAGGACAAGGAAUAGGUAUUGGAGGACAAGCAGGGGGAUUGGGAGGAACAUCUGGAGGUGGAAUUGGAAUUGGUGCGGGAGGUGGGUCAAUUUCUGGUGGCACAGGGAGAGGGGCAGGGGGAGGAAUUGGGGGAGGGGCCGGAAGCGAGGGUGGAUCUGCAACUGGGGGAGAAGGUGCAGAAAGCGGCGGCAAUGACGUAGAAGGCGGAAGUGACACGGAGACUGAAACCGAAAACGAAGCUGAUUAUUCAAUGGAUGAUAGUGAGGAAGAUAGAAGCUAUUUUAGGGUAUUUAAAUGAAACUGAUCGAGUCAAAACCAAGACUAAUUCUUUAAAGGAAAGGAUUACUUAAGGAAUUCUAAAUGAAAUAAAAGAAUCAAUACAAACUUAAGAUCUUAAAAU